CAUUUGGCUAACAAAUCGAAAAUGUCAUAACUAUUCCUAACCUAACCCCAAAAUACUAAAUUUAUUUGUUGAAUGAUAUUUUGCAAACAUCAACAUGGUUGUUGAUAAAAGUCCAAUAUCAGGCACUGUCUUAGAGCAGUUUGUCCUAUUGGCCAAAAGUGCGAAAGGUGCCGCAUGUACAGAAUUAGUGAAACAAGUUCUAGAAGCACCUGGUGUAUAUGUUUUUGGUGAACUAUUAGAUAUGCCCAACAUCUCAGAACUAGCCACAACUGAUAGAAAGUACUUUAACACGCUUGAAUUAUUCGCUUUCGGCACAUAUAAAGAUUACAUAGCAAAUAAAAAUGAAGUUCUAGAGUUGUCACCCGCUCAGACGAAGAAAUUGCAACAUCUUACUAUAGUCACUCUAGCUACAAAAUCCAAGUGCAUACCAUAUAACACAUUGCUAAUUGAGCUGGAUAUCAAAAAUGUUAGGGACUUAGAAGAUCUGAUUAUUGAAGCGAUAUAUGCCGAUAUCAUACAUGGAAAACUCGAUCAGAAAAAUAGUCAGCUUGAAAUAGAUUACGCUAUUGGUAGAGAUAUUCGUAAUGAUGAUAUUAAUAUUAUUGUUAAUUGUUUGCAAGAUUGGUGUUCAGCAUGUGAAGGUGUCCUAAGCUGCGUGGAAAACCAAAUCCACAGAGCCAACACAGAGAAAAACCGCUGCAUGCAACGCAAAACCGAGGUAGAAAACGAAAUAGUCAAUAUAAAAAAGACAUUGAAGACUCAGCUUCAAGAACGAUCUGAUGGAACUGAUGAAGUCAUGGCUACCGAUAGUCGAGAAUCGGGGUCGUCUGGAGAGAAAGGCAAGAAAUCACAGAAGAUGAAAGGUCUUAAGAUUCUUCGUUAACAUGAACUUUUCUCAAAGGUGAUACAUGAAAAAUGGUCUAGGCGCGAUUCGUAAAACUUGUUGCAGGUCUUUUAAGAAUUAUAACAAUCAACGAAGUAUACAGAAUGUCCAGAGACUCUCCCGAUAAACGAAGACGGGAGAUUCCUCAAAUAAUUUUAAGACAAUUUAACCCAAUUCACCUAAUCCGAAAAUGCUUCCUAAGGGAGCUAAAGGUCUUUGAAGAUGGCGCUUUGUAAUUAGUUUUUUAAAUACCUCCAAAAUGCUUCUAUUUAGAAAAACUAUAUUUAUUAUAUUUAGAAAAACGAAAAAUUUUCAAAUCGAUUUUUCUAAAAAACAUUGUAUUGUACUGACUUAAAGCGAGAGUACCUUUUAGCCUUGUUUAUAUCUGUACCUUGGAGGUAAACAGUCGUAACUUCACUUUUUGCCGAAAUGGAGUUAAUAUCACGCUCUUGUUGUCAGAUUUUCAUAGCAUAUUGUGGCAAAAAAUCGUACAUCCAGCGUUAUUAGUUGCCUAGAUAAGGCGUUUAGAAACAGUAGCAACUCCAUUAGUCAGUUGAGGUAAACAGUAGUAUAUCCAUAGCAACUCCAUAAAUACGUGCGUACCUAUAUUAGAUAGUAUGCUUUCGUAUGCGGUAGUGGUAAACAAUCGUAGCUCCAUUUUUAUAUUAAAUGGUAUUUGAGGGUAUUAUAAGUACCGGCGCAAAUUGAUCCUAAGCAGACACAACCUGGCACCGGCGAGUUGCGUAGACCGUUCUGCGCAUCCUACUAUCAGUUCAUGCGUUCGCAGGUCGAGCUGGGGAAGGUUUGUCAUCGACGUACAGUUUUCUUGGGCUUGGGACGGGUGACUCAGCGCCAGAUGUUAAUUUUUACGUGUUUUUGUUUUGCGAGAUGGAAAUAUCUGAAAUGAAUAAGCGGCGAUAUAUUUUACACUAUCUUGAAUGAAUAACAUUUUAUUGCUCUGUUGUAUCAAUCAGCACUACUCUACAAGUUUUCGUUUAUUUGUUUUAAUAUGUAUUUUAUUAUAUAAUAUAGUAGGCGCAAUAUUAGGGAAUAUAACAUAUCUGAUUAAAACAGUGAAUUUUUUACAUGUUAAGUAUUUUUAAUUUCUUGUGAAGUAUCUAGUUAGUGUGGCUUUAGCCAAUAAAUCAAAGUUAUGCGUUUACAAGAGCAUAUUAUUUGAAAAAUAAGGAGUACCAUAAUGUGUCAUAAUUAUAAUCUCCUUUAUACAGAUCAAAAAAUUGUUUAGUAUGUAUUUCUAAAUCCACACAAUCAUUGGAAAAUUAUUCAUGGUAAAAAAUAUUUAUUAAUGACACUGUUAUCGACAAUCAAUGCAGUGUUUAACUUAUGCUUGUUAUUAUAAAGGUAUGUAGAAAUAGAAUACUCAGUGUAAGAUAUCUUUUUAUGCACCCGCUUAUGAUCAAAUUCGAUGUUUUCGAAAGUCAUACCGCUACGACUACUAGGGACAUGUAAGAUAUUUUUAAAACGUUACUAGUUACAUGUACGGAACUACCGUUUUUUAGUUGCCUACUCAAUUCAGUACAAGGAUCAGAUACAUCAGUAUUUUGUAAUCAGUAUUUGUACUCAGUACCACUGAGAACCAGUAUCAAUAGUAACCGUUACACGUUUGCACUUAUUUUGCCCGUCUCUAUUCGUUACGGCGACAGCCGAUGGUCGGGUUAGCUUGUGUUCAAUAUGCGGCACGCUAGAAAAAUAACUGCACAGGUCACCCGUCCCACCGGCGCAGGUUGUGACUCACUUAGGUUCAAUAUGCGCCGCGGCUAAAACGGGAUAAUGAAAAACAAGAGUUCUUUUUUGUUCCAAACAUUGUGAUUUUUUUUUGCAUUUUUAAAUACGGAAUAUACUAAACUGCGCGUCAUAGAAAACGGGCACCCUAAAAAAUGGGUCAUUUUUGAUGUCGCGUAUCUCCUAAACCUGUUGUCCGAUUUAAAUGAUUUUUUGAAUAUGUUAUAGCCCUGUUCUUUGUCAAUAUCCUUGUAAUAAUAUUUUUGCAAAACAGGUAAAUUUUCAUUGUAUACCGGGUGUACGAAUCAAACUGUGUUUUUUUCUCAAAGUUCGCAACACCCUGUGGAUUAUUCUAGCAUUUAUAAAAUACUGAAAUUAAAAUUCAACUAUAGCCUCAGGUUUUCUUAACAUUCUGUUUUUUGAUUCAUUCGCUUAUGUUGGAUAAUACAAAAGUUAUGUACUUUAACAACUAGCCAUGUUCUUCAUCAGUACAGGGUGUUAUAAGUCUAAAGUGUUUUAGGGACUAAAUAAGUUCGACAAACUUUAAGGGGUAAUUCUGCAUUAAAAAUAAUGACAGAUUGCUUUAUAAUCAUAUAUCCGCAAAAGCUUCGUUUCCGAGAUAUGGGAUGUUAAAUUUUUUCUUACAAACUGAUGAUUUAUUUAUUGCUUUAAAACCGGUUGAGAUAUGCAAAUGAAAUUUGGUAGGUUUUAAGAGAUGGUUAUUGCGCAUUUUUUGACAUUCAACUAAGAAUUUUAUAUUCACUAUUGGAGCGCAUACGGGUAAUAUGACCGAUCAUAUUAUUCGUAUGUACGCCAAUGGUGAAUAAAAAAUUCUUAAUUGUAUAUCAAAAAAUGUUCAAAAAUUACGUCUUAAAACCCACCAAAUUUCAUUUUCAUAUCUCAACCGGUUUUAGGGCAAUAAAUAACUCGUCAGUUUUUAAGAAAAAAUUCAACAUCCUGUAUGUCGGAAACGAAGCAUUUGCGGACAUAUGUUUAUAAAGCAACCGGUCAUUAUGUUUUCAUGCAAAAUUACCCCUUAAAGUUUGUCGUACUUCUUUAGAAACACCCUGUACUGAUAAAGAGCAUGCCUAGUUAUUAAAGUACAUAACUUUUGUAUUAUACAUCAUAAAUUAAUGAAUCAAAAAACAGAAUGUUAAGAAAACCUGAGGCUAUAGUUGGGUUUUAAUUUCAGUAUUUUAUAAAUGCUAGAAUAUGCCACAGGGUGUUGCGAACUUUGAGAAAAAAACACAGUUUGAUUCGUACACCCGAUAUAUAAUGAAAAUUUACCUGUUUUGCAAAAAUAUUAAUACAGUGAUAUUGACAAAGAAUAGGGCUAUAACAUAUUCAAAAAAUCACUUAAAUCGGACAACAGGUUUAGGAGAUACGCGACAUAAAAAAUGACCCAUUUUUUAGGGUGCCCGUUUUCUAUGACGCGCAGUUUAUUUUUGUAAUCACUUACGAUUUUUAUUUUGCAUAUUACCUGUUUAAAGACAUAGAGGUAAAAAGUCGUAACUCCCAUUAUUAUACAUCAGGUAAAUAAUUUCUUAACAAUACCCAGUAAUAGAUUUGCAUUUACAUAUUAUAAUAUACCAGGGGUGGCCAAACUGCGGCUCGAGAGCCACAUGCGGCUCUUUGAAGGCUUAAUUGUGGCUCUCGAUAAAUGUACCCGAGUUCCUUUUCAAUUUUGUGUUAUUAUAUUUAAAAAAAUUAUUAUCGUGCCAUAUGUUUCAAAAUGUCUUUUAAAAUGAUAUGACACAUCAAAAACUGUACGAAUGAACAUUGAGAGUGGCGCAAAAUAAAAGUCAGUAAAUCAACCGACUCCAGACAGAUUUGUAUAACUCUUGCUAACUUGCUGCGGAUAUAAUUUGUAAUUUGGAUUACACAUCUUAGUCAUUAACGAGUAUAUAGAUUUCAAAACUUAAAAUAUUUUGAAUCGUCUCUUCAUUUUUUUCUGAAUUCGUUUGAAAUGAACAUAUGUAAUUCAUAAGGUGAAUUUUUUUAUUACCAAUAUAUAUGACCCAAAUAUCCCAAAGAUCAAGCUCGAAAAUAAAACUAUAUGUAAUUAAGUUUUAAUAUUUCGUAAAUUUAUUUCUGUUUUCAAUAAAUAAAAUUUCUGUUAAAAAUUUGUAAAUACCUUCUUUGCAUAUGUACUUUUUGAAUACGUAUUUAAUUGCGGCUCGCGAAAAAUUUCAACUUAUGAAAAGUGGCUCGGACUAUCAAGGAGCUUGGCCACCCCUGUAAUAUACCAAUAAUGUUGAAUUCGACGUAAUGGAAAUAAAAUUUUUUUUAUAGUUUAUUGACUAGUCUGUAUGUUUUGCGCUUUCUUGCAAAUGUAUACAUUGCGGAUAUACGACUGUUUACCUCCAAGGUACAGAUAUAGUAUCUAAUAGUUGGUUAGACCAAUAGGUAAAUUUGUUUGAUUCUAAUUGAGACAGUCAACAGAUGUCACCACAAUUUCUGUCAGGGUCGCAACGUCACGCGUAACUAAGGAGGUACAGUACAACCUCGUUUAACCGGACUAACUGGGACCGGAAGCGAUCCGGUAAAUCGAAAAUCCGGAAAUAUAAUAAGGUUAAUAAAUCUACAUGUGAAAUGAUAACUUACUAUAUUUACACCCUAUAUGAUUUACGCAAGCAUUAGUUUUUAUUUACAAAAAAGUCAUUGAUCUUCCUUUGUUUUAAUUUUGUGUGACGUUUCAAUGCGGCACGAUCACGUAAACGUGAUCGCAUUACAUACAUACAUACAAUUAUCAAAAUUAGUUUUUUUUUUAUUUUUUCAUUCCGGAUUGAUUCGGAUAAUCCGGACAUCCGGAUGAAAGAGGUCUGGAUUAACGAGGUUGUACCAUCCAAAAUGCAUAGACACCAAGUUGGAUACGAUCCUAUUCAUAACACCCAAACCCGCAUACAUUUUAUGAAAAAUAAAUAUAUGGAAGAAUAUAUUUAGAAAUUGAAUUAAUGAUGUCAUGCUUCUAUACAUUAUAUAAUAGCAUGCCAUCAUUAAUUCAAUUUGUAAGUAUAGUAUUUUUACUACAAAAACGUUAUUACGUAGGUCAAAAUUUUUGACGUAAGAGAACUGUCAAAACAUUAGAAUGUGACUUUUCAUUAUUGCCAUGUUUAUAAUAAACAUGACAAUAAUGAAAGUCACAUUCUAAUGUUUUGACAGUUCUCUUACGUCAAAAAUUUUGACCUACGUAAUAACGUUUUUGUAGUAAAAAUACUAUAUGUAUAUUCUUCCAUAUUUAUUUUUCUUAAUAUGUAUGCGAGUCGGAUGUUAUGAAUAGGAGCGACCCUGACAAAAAUGGUGGUGACAUCUGACUGUCUCAAUUAGAAUCAAAUAAAUUUAUCUAUUGGGUUGACCAACUAUUACUAUAUAAACAAUGCUUUUAGUAAUAGACCUCACAAGUUAAUAACCUAAUGUCACAAAUACAUAAAAGUUAUAUGUUAAAAUAAUCGUUGACCUACCCAAAACGGACGGCUAUGGUCGGUACUAGAAAUUCGUAAUUGACGGAAUCGAUUCAUCUCUGAAGGAUAAAAUAAAUAAGUAUAAGUGUACCAGUUUUCGUUUUUCUAAAUAGAAGCGUUCUGGAGGUAUUUAAAAAAACUAAUUACCAGGCGCCAUCUUUAAAGAGCUCUAGCUUAAGCUGAGCAUUCACGGUCAAUCCAUUUGGAGCCACGCCAAAUGGCUUCAGUCAAAUGGAUUGACGCCAAAAUCGUAGCCCAUUCACGACCACUCCACAUUGUCGGAUUCCGAAGAAGAACUCGGAUAGAGUGAACGAAAAAUGGACGUGGGUUUGGACAUUGACGCGAGUGUGGCGUGAUGGCAUGACGCGGUGUAUAGUCACUCACGAGCAGUCGGCAUGAUGGCUUGGCGUCAAGCAACGGCAUGACGCGAUGUAUUACGAAGCGAAUGGAAAUCCGGAUUUUGCAUCACGCCAAAAAAGCAAUCAUAAUUCAACACUCACGGUCAAAAUUUGGCUGUGUAUCACGCCAUUUGACGCGAUAGCAUGACCGUAAAUGUCCACCUUUAGGAAGCAUUUUAGGACUAGGUGAAUUGGUUUAAACUGUCUUCUUUUAUCAGGAGACUUUCUGGAUACUCUGUAUAUCAAUAGAUUUUAGUACAUAAAAUACAACACUUAUGGUCAGAACAAGUUGAAAUGAAUUCAAAGUUAAAUGAUUAACCGGAAGAUUUUUAUAUUUCUUGAAAUUUGAGUGACUAAGGAAACAUUUUCAUGUAUCAUUUUUGAAUUGUCUUAGGUUAUCACUUAAUAAAGCUACAAUUAUAAUUGCGAAAAUAUAUUAAAUAAUAAAAAACA